UCAUAUAUUCACUUUCGUACACGUACAUAGGUACACCAAUUUUUUGUUGUUUUACAAUGUCCUCCACAACAUUUUCAACAUCUCGUAAGAAUACAAUCCAAAAACUGACAACGGAGAAAGAAUUUUUGAGAUUAAAUCUUAAGUCCAUAAAAGAAAUUAAAAAUGAAACUAUCAAAACCAUAGAAAAUAUUAAGCAACUUUUCAUUAAAGAUAAUAUGAGUAAGAAAAUUCAUGAACAGUACGUGGCUGGAACGGGGGUGCCAGUAGUUUUGAAAGAAGUUAUACUCGAAGAACUGGACAGAGAUAUUAGCCUAAUACAAAACAAAUGUGACAUAAUCUGCAACGACUUAAAGCAACUCCGAAACAAUAUGGAAGAACGCCUGAUCCUCGUGAACAAAACUGAUUUUAUAAUGAACAUUUUAAACUACAAGCUAUACGAAGUUCAGUACGACUUUGCGACGCGAAUCAAAAAGCUAAAAGAGAUCAAGAAACAGUUAGAGAAUACGGAAAUCACGGCUGGAAAUGAGUCAAGAAUAGCAUUGAACUUUGUAGAAAACGAUAAGGAAAUAACUGAAUGUGAGCAGAGUCAUGAACAGCAACAUAAAAGCGUCAGACAACAAAUGCUGGAAGCCCAAGAAUGUUACGAAAAAUCAGCAAAUGUCCUAGACGACUGUUUAGAAGUCCUGAAAAAGAAUUUUACAAAUCUCAUCCUGCUACUAGAAGCCCAUAAGCGACUCACAGGAAACUCCAACCUGGAAGAGACUAUAGAACUUGACGAACUGAAAGAAAUGUUGGAUGGAUGUACACUACUGGCAUCGACAGGGUGGAGAACGCCUGCUCAAGACCUAACAGAUUUCACUGAAAGUCAGAAACUAAUGUUUACAGAAGAAGGACUUUUGGUAACACAUGCAGGAAGAGAAGUAACGUAUGACGAAGCUGUAGAAAUAAAACUUUUAGAUAAUUUGAAAUUGGUGGAUUUGUUUCAAAGAAAGAAGCCUAAAAAAGAGGAAGCAGGGGAUGUAAGAUCCGUACAAGGUUCAGAAGAAAGCACGGAAUCUACUGAAAGCAGGAUGUCUUCUCAAGAUGUAAAUUAUUUAAAAGAACACUUAGGAACCCCGCUAACAUUGGCACUUGCAGAAAUAACUGCCAUACAACCACGAGAUCCAAUCCACUAUCUCGGCCAUUGGCUGUUCAAAUAUCGGUACAACGAAGAGGUAGCUACUAUUAAACAGAUUGAAAUUAGUCAGUUGACAGAAGAAAGAGAAAGGCUGGCAAAAAUAAGAUGGCAUAAGAUAGUCGAAGAAGAGGCCAAAACCGCAGUAAUGGAGAUGAUUGUAAGGGCAGAAGACGAAGCUAUUCGCAAAGAAUUGUUGAGGAUUGAACGGGAGCUUCAAGAAGCUGAAGAGCAGGAGGAACAGCUAGCGGAAACACUACAAGGCAAUCAGUGAUUUUUUAUUUUAAUGUAUUUAACGCUAAAUUAUAGUCUUAUGUUGUA